AUGGCGCCAUGGUCCCGCUGGCCCCAUCUGCUGCUGUUGCUGGGUGUUGGACGUGCCUGGGUGUGGCCCAGCGAAGCGCCAAAAGACAUCCCGUUUGAACGCAGCAGUCUCUUUAGGGAGGUGGAUUUCACGGGGAAGUAUGCCACUUAUGGAGCGGCAGAUACCUGGUUUCCCAGCUGGGGAUCAGAUGGCAAUUUGUACAGUCCAUUUACGGAUGGCAAGGUGCAGGACGUCACAUCUGCGAGCAUUUGUCAUGGCGCAUCGUGCACUUCGACCACUGGAUAUGCCACCAUCAAAGGGGAGGAUCCCUUGAAUUUGACCAUCAGCGACGUUGGUGUGGCGAGCUCAUCCACCUCUCCCUACCACGGACGGUACCCCUGCGGCUCCCUGCACGUGAAUGGCACCUGGUUCUACGGCACCUAUGCCCUGGACAACGAGAAUCACCAGCCGGGUGAUCGGUUAGGCGCCACACGCGGGGGCUACUGCGAAAACUGGUGCAUUCAAGGGCCCUUCAUUGGCUUUCGCUGGAGCAAAGACAACGGCAAGACUUGGAACGAACCCCGGGAGCGUUUGAAAAGUUGGAAUGACACGCUCUUUGGCGAAAGCGCGCCCAAUAAUCACAGCAAAGUGAAGUUUGGAGCGAUUCACGUGGUGGAUCUGGGGAAAGCUCUGCAGUACACCCCAGCCGGAGACCGUGAGAAGAUGAUGUACGUCAUCGGCCACGGUGCCUCCUCGCCCUUCUCCCCUCAGUCCUGGAUGCAGGGUUCGGAGAUCUACUUGGCGCGGGUACGGCCGGAGAUCCAGGCGGUGAAUGACAGGUCCUCCUGGGACUUCUACGGUGCCCAAAGCUGGCACAAGGGCGACGUGGCCAAGGCGGAGCCGUUGAUCUCCUGGGCAAACCGCACCGGAGUGACCACCAUGACCUACAUCGAGACAGUGAAGCGCUACAUUGUUUGCGUGUCCACACCUACCUACAGCCCCUUCACGGAGCAGCAGUUCGACACCUACCUCUUGGAGAGCGAAAACAUCACUGGACCUUUUCGAUACAUUAGUUAUUUGAGAGAGUUUGGACCUCAAGCUUAUUUCGUGAACAUCCCCAGUAAGUUCGUGGGCGACUUCAAUCCAAAGGACGGUUCCUUACGCUUGUUCCUCUCCUACUCUGCCAACUUUGACUGGAAAAAGUCUGCCCCAAAACCUGCUGGAAGUGGAUACCAUUGGGCCUUGCAAGAGGUCAUUUUGAGAGGCUCCCAUCCCAUCCCAUCGACCGUGGUGUGAUCGACAGCUGGACGCUGAUUGGGCGAUCGGAAGGUUUGGCGAAAAUGGCCAUGCUGCUCGGGCCGAUGGCGGAAAAGGAG